AUGGCUGAUUCUAAAGGAAAUGUUUACGGGACAGCAGGCGACACAGACUUUCGCCGGACAUGGGACCGCGAUGAAUGGGCUGCCAAGGCAAAAGAGCGAGAAGCCAAAGAGCGUGCCGAAGGAAAACUUCGCGCUGAAGCAAAAGCCCAAGGUAAAAAGUACUACCGCGAACCCACACCUCCGGAUGCAUCUAUGAUAGAAGCUCGCCGCGAGCGAUUGAAUCUCCAGGAAAAUCUCAACAAAACAACGCUAGUGCCAGCUGGUGCCGGAGUUGGCAAGCGCGGAAAGGGAGCUGGAUUUUACUGCGAGAAUUGCGACUUGACGUUCAAAGACUCUUUACAAUGGGUUGACCAUUUGAAUUCAAAGCAACAUUUGCACGCGAUAGGUCAGACUUCUGAAGUAGAACGUGCCACUCUGGAGCAGGUCAUCCAGAGAUUGCAGUGGUUGCGGUCUCGAAAGCGGCAGCAAGAGACAGGCGAGGAGUUCGAUUUGCAGAAGAGGUUGGCAGAACGUGCAAGGACCGAGGAGCAGGAACGGCUGGAGAGAAGGCAGAAAAGGAAAGCCCAUAGAAUUGAGAAGAAACAAUUGGAGGUCAAGAAGGAGAAGGACGCUGGCGGGUACACAGCUACAACAGACGUAGAUGAGGAUGAUGUAGAUGCCAUGGCUAUGGCAAGAAUGAUGGGGUUUGCAGGAGGCUUUGGAUCAACGAAAAAGAAUUGA